AUGUACACCGGGGCCGGCGACCGGACCCAGCUGCAGCACACGAACCUCCUCCUGGGGGAGGUGCAGUUCUGGCCCUCCGCCCCGCAGCCUAGGCCCCGCAAGGGCCAAGAGCCGGCUGCCGACUCGGGGAAAGGGGGCCUAGGCCAGGCCUCCACAAGGGCUGAGGGCUCGGACUCCGACGUCUCCUCGCUGGGCGUCGGAGGGGACCUCAGGGAAGACGAUGAAGACGACGGCGACGACGACGCUCCCCCGGCAACAGUCGGGGUCGCGCCGGAGGACGACGAGGAGGAAGAUGACGUCCCCCUAGUGAGGCGGUCCGCGGCGGAGAGGGUGAGCAGGCAGGAUGCCAGCCCGCAGCCUCAAGAGCCUCACGGCGACGUGGGGACUGGGGCCUCCGGCGGCAACGAUGCGGUUGCAGUAGCCGCCCUGACCACCCCGGCGACUCCGACAGCACCCCCCGCACGAAGCGGCCCUACGGUGAGGAGCACCCUGGCGGAGAGGGUGCUCAAGCUCAAACCGGCGGGUUCGUCGAGAAAGAGGGGGCAGACCAGCGCGUCGCCGGCAGCCCCAACCAAGAAGCCACGCCCGGCAUCGGGCGGUGGCGAGCAAGAUGCUGCUGAUGCCCAAGGGUCCCCGAUUCGAGAUCGCAGGGCACUGGCCCGGCGGCAGGUGCUCCUCGUGCAGUUGUCGGAGCAGUUCUGGCUGCUCCCGCGCCUACAGAGGUGCGGGUAA